AUGCGUUAUCAGGAUGUCGACCGUCUUAGUAACAGGCAUAGGCGGAAAUGGUAUGGCACCAAAUCCACCAUUCGCAUUCUCGACACCAUCGCGGUCGCACUGACCACCGGUAGGCCCGGAGAUGUCUUCGCUGCUGCAUUCGACACCCAUGGAGGUGUCACGCUUGUCUUGGCAAAGAACGACUCUCCCACCGCUGAAGACGACCGGGCUGUUCGUGACUUGUUCAGGUGGAUCACCACUCCUGAGACUACGGGGGCAUAUGACGUCUUGCCUUUCCUAUUUACUCGUUGCGGGGCAAACAUUGCGAAGCGGAUCGCGGAGAUGGGUGAUGCUGUGCGCGGUUUCUCCCAUGGCCUCGAGGAAGUCUUAAGGAACUACACACGCGAGCCCUCCGUCGACAAAGAGUUUCCCCUCUCUACGGAUUAUCUCGAUAUCCGAGCCCAUGUACCUAGUUAG